AUAAAGGCCCAAAGGCGGCCAAUGCCUCAAGCUUGAGUCUCUCAACUCUCCACCACCGCCAGCCAGCUCCCUCAGCGACCGCCAGUGUCGACCGCAACCUGCCACGCCAACGCCCAUUCGAUGAAGGAAACUUCACCUGACUCCAAGUUAAAAGAUCGCAUCCGCUCGUGGGCAAGCACCAAGGCGCAUGGCGGCACUCAUCGCUCGGCGAGACGAUCUGACCUCCCCCUCUCCAGCCCUCUCUCCCACGCAACUCCUCCCCCAGGUCCUGACCUGCACCCCGUGAGCAAGUCGCCGCGCCCAGGCAGCGCCGGCAACGGCUUCGGCAACGGUAUCGGUGGCGAUGCAGUUCCAGCUCACCAUGGCGGCGGCAUUGCCGCGUCCGCGCCCGCGCCCGCUCCGGGUGGCCGUGCGGAAAACGGGCCCAGUAGUAGUCCCCUCGCCGCAUCGCCGCAUGCUACGAGGCCGGGGCCUAUCCUAGACGGCGACGGCCAGCCCCAGGACGAGAAGACGGACCCUCCCAAGGCCCACAUCGUCGCUCGCUUCCUGGUGGCCGUCAGGAUCAUCUUGUUCUACUCCAAGCUCAACCUGCUGCUGGUCUUUGUGCCCAUCGGCAUCAUCGUCCAGGAGAUCCCCGGCGUGUCCCCCGGCGUCAUCUUCGCCAUGAAUGCCAUUGCCAUCAUCCCCCUCGCCGGCCUGCUGAGUUUUGCCACCGAGAACGUGGCCCACAAGCUUGGGGACUCUCUCGGCGCCCUGCUAAAUGUCACGUUUGGCAACGCCGUAGAGUUGAUCAUCUUCAUCGCCCUCGUCAAGAAUGAAAUCCGCAUUGUGCAGGCCUCGCUGCUUGGCUCUAUCCUAGCCAACUUGCUGCUCAUCCUGGGCAUGUCGUUCUUCCUCGGCGGACUACGCUACCGGGAGCAGAUCUACAACAGCACCGUCACGCAGAUGAGCGCAUGUCUUCUCAGCCUUAGCGUCAUCAGCUUGGUGCUGCCGACUGCUUUCCAUGCCUCGUUCAAGGACUCCCAGGUCGCCGACGACCAGUCGCUCAAGAUUAGCCGCGGCACCAGCAUCAUCCUGCUGCUGGUGUACGGAAUCUACCUCCUCUUCCAACUCAUGUCGCACGCGUAUAUGUACGAGUCGACUCCGCAGCACAUCAUCGACGAGGAGUCGACGCCGGGGCCGGCCGCUGGCUGGCUCGACUCGUCGAGCUCUGACAGCAGCUCGUCGAGCGACUCGGACUCGUCCGACUCUGACCGCUCGCGCGAGACCAUGUCAAAGCGGAUGCGGCGGGUCAUGCGCGGUAACCGGCGCCGAAAGUCGAGCGUUAUCUCAAUGGACACCAGCGAGGGCGUCAUGGCGGGCCCUACGCGCACGCCGUCGUUCGGCACCACCGACGUACCCGUAGUUGACGAGCCCCCGUCGGAGGAGUCGUCGUUCCGGCCGCGCCUCUUCCCACGCUUCAGCGGCGGCGUGCUGGACGGCAGCGAGGAGGCGGUCGACGACGAAAAAUCGCACCGCCACGGCCGCCGGCGCCACCACCGGCGGUCGCUGCGGCGGCACCGCAAGCACAAGGCCCACAAGCACCGCCACGGCGACCCGCAGGAGUUUGUGGGCCCGCAGACGAUCGAGGAGAACGUCGAGGUGCAGACCAAGACGUCGCUGCCGGCGCCCGGCGAGCCGCGGCGCGUCGACUUUGCGCUCGCGAGCACGGCGUCGCACGACGAGGGCACGGUUGAGGUCGUGCCGGUGCGCAGUCCGUUCACAGGCCUGCGCACCAUCUCGCUGCGGCCCGUGGCCAAGAGCUUGGCGCCGUCUGUCUUCAUCCACCCACCCGAUGCGGCUAUGCCGGCGCCGCCUAUGGGCCCCGUGCCGCGCGUCCGUUACGGCAUCCGCCGCACCAACUCGCUGCCGGACCGGCUGAACCAGUACUACCGCCCGCCGGGCGCCAUGAUGCCGUCGCAGAUCCCGCUAACGGCGACGGUGGGCACGGCGGCUAAGGAUGACGACGUCCACGCGAACGCGCUGUCGCGAACCAGCGCCGUACUCCUGCUGCUCGUAUCGACGGGCCUCGUAGCCGUGUGCGCCGAGUUCAUGGUGGACUCGAUCACGGGCCUGGUCAAGACGACCAGCAUUGGCGAGAUCUUCAUUGGCCUCAUUGUGCUACCCAUUGUCGGGAACGCGGCCGAGCACGUCACGGCGAUUACGGUAGCCAUGAAGAACAAGAUGGACUUGGCCAUCGGCGUCGCCGUCGGCAGCUCGAUCCAGAUUGCCCUCUUCAUCACGCCCCUUAUUGUUAUUAUCGGCUGGGCCAUGGGGCGCGAGAUGACGCUCUACUUUACGCUGUUCGAGACUGUGUGUCUGUUUGUCUCGGCCUUUAUUACAAACUUCCUGGUGCUGGACGGCCGUAGCAACUACCUCGAGGGCGCCCUGCUCCUUGCCACGUAUGUGAUUAUCAGCCUUGUAGCGUUCUUCUACCCGAGCCCAGAAGAUGCGAGCUCGUUUGGUGCCUAAGACGGGGCGGGAGAAGGGUGAUGGGUGGCAGGACGGAAAGGGCCGGGCGGGGCCGUGUCUCGAAAAAGGGGCUAUCAUGUGACGGCGUCUCUGGGACUGGCCACCCGGAUUAAGCGGAGGCUAUAUUUACUUUCUUGCAGCUUGCCGGCCAUCAGAUUGUCCAGCCGGCGGCUAUACUUUGGUGUGUUUGUUUAUUCGAGCCUCGGCCCCUAUUGUGGGGCCGAGGCUGUCUGUUACUUCCCGGCCGCAGCGACCGCCCGGUGAGAGGUGGCCGUCUACUGGCUUUGCGGGAUGACCGAGCGUCUAAAAUAACACGCUCUUUAUGCUCUGACUGAGUUUGCUACCUGGCCUGAUCCGUGCAGCUGGUGUGUUUGUGUCUCGG